AUGCCGACUUCCCGAAUUCCGAGGGCUUUCCUGGCCAAGAAGCCCAAGGUCGCCCCUACAUUCGACGGUGUCGACUACGACGAUACGAAGCGCCUCAAGCAGGCCCAGGAUGCCGUCAUCCGCGAGCAAUGGGUGCAAGUCAUGAUGGGGCGGCUGGUCCGGGAGGAGCUGAGCAAGUGCUAUUACCGGGAAGGUGUCAACCACUUGGAGAAGUGCGGUCGGCUGAGAGAACGAUACCUCCAACUGCUGGGGAGCGCCAAGGUCAAGGGCUACCUUUUCGAGCAGCAGAACUACUUCUCGAAAGAUGGUGCGCAGCAAUAA